GUUCGUUGCUGUCUUCUCUGUGGUUGCGUGGUGCUGCUGAAAGCGCGAGUGCCUGGUGAUCGCGUCGUUUUUUCUUAUCGCUAUUUUUUCCUUCGUACGGGAUCCGGAAAACGCCACCCUUAAUUGGAAGUGCAAGUGAAAAACCUCACGGUGACUCGUGUAUAUCCGGUGACUUGGUGUGAAAAAUACAAAAGACCAAAUUCCAGAUCAACAAGCUGGCAACAACAACGAAUGGGGCCAUCAGGGGAGCAUAAAAAAGGCUUGCCGCAGUGAUGAUAAGCUAGUGUUCGAGCAAGAGGAAAAUUUUAUCGAUCGAUUUCUCUGCCGAUUUUCUUGCUGCUUCCACUCCACUGUUGCUUAUGUGAAUCUGUCAACGCCAGUAAUCGGAAAAAUCGUGAGAAGUUCUGCGAAUGAUUUCCGGUAUUAUUAUGGCUUGUCGUUAGUGAUUUGUUGUGCUUAUCUGCAUCUACGAGAAAUGUAUCAAGAUUUAGCAUUAGCUGUUCAGAUAGCACAGUAAAAAAAAACAACAGGAAGGAAGUACUCAGGAAUCAAUCGAGUCUAGGAGUGUAAUGAGAAAUUGAUACGGCAUAUGUACGAGAAAUCCCUGUUCAUUAGAGAAUAAAAUCAGGGAUUACCAGCAAAGCAAACAAGGGCGAAAUCACGGAGGCAGUUCCAGCAAAAGAAGAACCUGCAGUAUUAUUUUUACUACGGUGAUCACGGGGUACCAGUCGAACUAGUACUUUGAAACAAGGAGAACGACGCGAAAACCAGCAACGGAACCAAGCCAGGCGCCAUGCCUCAUCGGAACCUGUCGAGUGCGCAACGUAGUCUGGCCAGUUUGGCUACGUUCGAAACCUGAAUUCGUCGCGUAAAUUUAUCGCUAUCUGUAGUGUUAGUGGUGUGUGUUACAUAACAUUUUGAUAAAGCAGUCAAAAUUAUUCAGAAUCUGAUAGUUAAAAUUAGUUCAUAAGUUCAAAGUGAUCAUUCCUUAGUAGCACGUAAAAAGCGUGGUAGAGUAUCGGGAAACAAAAUUGGGAGCGGCUAUUGGAGCAGAGCAGAAAAUGCUGAAUUCCAUUUCGAAGCAUCUGCUUCACUGCGCGUUGCUCCUCUCGUUGCUCGUAUUUUUUGAAGUUUUUUCGGGCGGAAUAAAAAUCAACGAGAACAGUUUUGUCUCAAUCGACCCUUGGGAGGAGUAUGGCACGAUACCAACGAUCUUGCUGUACACGCUGCGGUUCCUUACGUUCCUUACGUUGCCUCAGGUACUGUUUAACUUCUUCGGUUUGGUGUUCUACAAUGCCUUCCCGGAGAAGGUAGUACUGAAAGGGUCGCCCCUAUUGGCGCCUUUCAUCUGCAUUCGGGUCGUAACUCGAGGUGACUAUGCCGACCUAGUCAAAUCGAAUGUCACGCGAAACAUGAACACCUGUUUGGAUACAGGGCUAGAGAACUUCCUAAUCGAAGUCGUUACCGAUAAAUCGGUAAACUUACCGAAACAUCGGCGGACCCGAGAGAUCGUCGUUCCAAAGGAUUACAAAACCAAAUCGGGUGCAUUGUUCAAGUCACGUGCUCUACAGUACUGUUUGGAGGAUAACGUAAACGUACUUAACAACAAUGAUUGGGUGGUGCAUUUGGACGAGGAAACACUUCUGACCGAAAACAGCGUGCGCGGAAUCAUCAACUUCGUACUGGAUGGAAAGCACCCCUUCGGACAGGGAUUGAUUACCUACGCAAACGAGAACGUGGUGAACUGGCUCACGACUUUGGCCGACAGUUUCCGCGUGUCGGACGAUAUGGGAAAGCUGCGAUUACAGUUCAAAAUGUUCCACAAACCAUUCUUCAGUUGGAAAGGGAGCUACGUGGUUACUCAGGUCCACGCUGAGAAGGAGGUCUCGUUCGACAACGGAAUCGAUGGCUCCGUCGCUGAGGAUUGCUUCUUCGCGAUGCGUGCCUUCGCCAAGGGAUACACAUUCAACUUUAUCGAGGGUGAAAUGUACGAAAAAUCGCCGUUCACGCUACUUGAUUUCCUACAGCAACGGAAACGUUGGCUCCAGGGAAUCCUACUGGUGGUUCAUUCGCAGACCAUUCCCGUGCGGAAUAAGCUACUGUUGGGCAUAAGCGUCUACUCCUGGGUCACGAUGCCAUUGUCCACUUCGAAUAUGAUCUUUGCUGGACUGUAUCCGAUUCCCUGUCCCAACGUUGUGGACUUUUUGUGUGCAUUCAUCGCCGGGUUCAACAUUUACAUGUACGUUUUCGGGGUAAUCAAAUCGUUUUCCCUGUACCGAUUCGGAGUGGUGAAGUUUUUGGCUUGUGUUCUCGGAGCCCUGUGCACCAUUCCGAUAAAUGUCGUCAUUGAAAAUGUCGCCGUCAUUUGGGGACUGAUUGGCAAAAAGCACAAAUUUUACGUGGUGCAAAAGGACGUUCGGACGCUUGUUACGGUUUAAUGCGGGAGAUAUUUGCAUCUGUGUAUCGGUUUUAGAUAUUGGAAUUUCACAUUUCCUCGAUGAUGGUCAGAUUUAAGAACAGGUCACGCGCCAAGCUUGGCAAACUACUUCAUUGCACUGUAGGCUUAUAGGGACCCAUAGAUUAUUUUUAUCGUUUGCGAAGAAAAUAAGAUUAGCCAGUCAGUUGUUUAUCAUGUGUAUAUUUCGUAGGACUUUUAUUAUUUUUUCUGAUCAAGGUAGGGUGAGUGAGCCAGUAGUGGAGGAACUAGGGCAAUUUAUCUAUAAAGAAAAAAUAAUAUACGAUCGGCAUACAAUUUGUAUGCAUCAAUCUAUAGCUUUCAACCUCUAUUUUCGCCAGAAAAAUAUUACAUUGUCAUUAAAUUGCAUACAUUUUUCGAAGACCCGUCCUCCAUUGGUUCUUAUAAUAAUGGAACGAAUUGGUUUCUAAUGGAUUCCACUAUUAUAGAAGCUAGAAGUCAAAAUCUUAAGAUGAAUUAAUUGUUUUUCGUCAUUUUUGGACCAACUUAAAGUUUAAAGUAUGUAAAUCUACUUUGUUUUGGGAGGGUCUCCGAUGAAAAAUAAAUGUAUCUGGUUUUCCAUCAUUAUUUCGACACAAACGCCAUAUCGCAACUAAUUGGUACACCACUAUUACUGGAACACCUACCCUAGUAGGAAAAACGCGUAUUUAGACUUUAGGUAUGAAAAGUCAUGUUUUUUUCGGCUUAUCCUCACGAAAAAUGACGAAUAUAUGUUAAAGGAACGAUUGGUUUUCAUUUUUUUUUUAUUUUUUUUUUAAAUACUGUACAGGCAUCAUAUUCUGCACAGUUCCUUGUCCUGCACAGAUUAGUCCAUAUAAUUCGUUAUUACAACUAUAACAUUUGCUUUUUGUGUUAAAGCAAAGUAACAUUUGAAAUAGGAAACAUUUUUUUCAGUUUCGUAUCAUCUGGAACUGAUCAGAGUAUGGUCCGGCACGGUAAAGUUAUAAAUAGAGCUGGGUGGGUGAGGAUAUGAGAGUGAGUAAAAAUCUGGAGAGAUUUUCAUUGUUAUUUAUUUUGUGUAUAUUUUUAUAGCGAUAUUUUGCCGUGAUAGACUUUUUACGUGUAAAGUUAUUAUAUUUGAGAACUAUGUUCUCCAACGUGUAGGAUUACAAUUAAUGCAGAUUAAGUAAUCGGCAUUUUCCCCGCUGGGUGUGUACAAUAAGCCGGGGUUAGGUUCCCGGAAAAGUAUUCACCGAAAUUCUACUUCAUCUUUAUUAAUCAUUCAUCGUUCACUUGAAGCACUACUCACGGCUUAUUCAUGUUUUUAGUCAUCCUAAUCGUUGCUUAACGUUCCGCCAAACAGUCACUACAGAUUGCAAGUGAACAGUUCACAAAAAGAAAACUCGCAUCACGGACAAAUCUACUUAUCUAGCAAAACAAAAUGUGCGAUAAAUAGAGUAUUUGCUGGUACAUCACCAAUACAGAAAGAAGAGAAAACGAGCAAACUGAACGUAGAUAACUUACACACACUUAAUUGAAAUUGAAAGCAGAUAAAUAAAAAAAUAAAAAAACACCUACGUCCACACACGUUGUUCAUAAUCUAUUUAAAACUAGCGAUGAUGAUAAAGCAUAAGUAUCAAAAAUGAAAACAAAAGAAAAAAUAAUAAAAACUAAACUACAUGAAAUCUAGUUGAUAACUGCUAAUGUACCAUUGAUUGGAAGGAAAAAAGUAAAACUCAAACAAAGGUAGACAGAAAAUUAAGAUAGAAACUAUUCCAAUAUCGGUAACGUCUUAAGCUUAAGGAAUGUUUCUAUACAUUUUUCUAUAGAAACAGCCAUUUGAUAUAAACGGAAUAAAAGUAACGAAAACCACUCUGGGGUCGUCCAUGAAU